AGAUCAGCGAACAUUAACCUGAACGGUGGAGUUAAGUGCAAGCGAACUCAAUUUCCAGUAGUGAGUGCGUGUGCCAUGACUGUCCAUAAGUCCCAGGGUGGCACAUUUUCGGAAAUCGUUUUCAGCUACGAGAGUUGUCAAGAACAGCAGUUAGUGUAUGUUGGGCUGUCGAGGGUUACUUCUAUCGAUGGGUUGUAUUUGACCAACCCUAGAAAUAAUUUCAAAUUUCAUCACUGCAAAAACGUAUCAUCACCAAGAAUUGAUGCACUUCGAACAGAACUUCAGCGAUUGAGUAAUCACCGCCUUCGAACUAUUGGAGAUGAUAUUAUGACAGAAAUAACGUCCAACUCGUCUGCAUGUACCCUGAUAAGCAUGAACGUACAAAGUCUGAAUGCUCAUUCAUUAGAUAUUUCAACAGACCGUGUUCUCACUUCUGUUAAUUUUCUUGCGAUAAGCGAAACUUGGCUAACUAAUAAUUCAAACCCGACGAUCGCUGGAUAUGAUUGCAUUGUCCUGGAAAAACGAGAUGAUACAAGAGCUGGAGGAGUAGCCAUUUUUCAGAACACCACCACAUCGGCUAUCACCCUUUCCCAUACCAUCAAAAAGUUCAAUUCAAGUGACGAUCAAGCAUUAGACGAAGCAGACCAUUUUGGCGACAUUUGUGCAGCAGAAAUUUCAAUGAUGGGUACCAACAUGCUAUUAUUCUCGUUGUACAUUUCUCCAGGAACCACGCUUCGCCAAAAGAAGUAUUUUCUAACACGGAACCUGAUAAUGUACGCACGUCUAGCUACUCCAAUCAUUGUAACUGGAGAUUUUAACAUUGAUGUUUCAAAGCCUGGAAAUGACGAAUUAAUUUCUUUCAUGAAGACCUAUUUGUUCCUUGAUUUAGCUUCGGAUCCUACACAAGCAACUACACUCGGCGGGUCAUGUAUUGACCUAACGUUCUGUACGGAACAUUGGAGCCUACUGUAAGCGGUAUUGUGCCUAUUUUUCGUACCACAGGCCAAUACUUUCAGUGCUGAAAAUCUAAAUAUUGUAAAUAAAAUAAAUAUCAUAUAUUUUAUCUUAAACCAUAACAAACCAGUUUCUUCUCUCCAAUUAAAAUAGGUAAAGGAUGCAGCAUGGAAGAGAACAACCGUCAUCCAGGGUACAUCCAAGCUCGCCUAUCGCUAUCUGGUUCGAUUUCAAGGAUUUCUAUUUGCGAACACCGAAGACGCCAAGACCGCCACUUAAAAUACA